GACAGGCUCUUCACAUUAAAAGCUUUGUGUGCUAUUGUGGUUCGAUAUGCCCGCUACGGGCAACCUCAAAAACUUUUUGCUUAACUUUUCCUCUUUUUUGGACAAUCAAGCUGCCUCUCGAUGCAAGAGAGCCUGGCCGUACAGACGUCAUCGCUACGCCACCCCGAACGGCUCACCUUUAUUGUGAAAUUUGACACCGGAUGUAGGAGAAGUGUUUGUCACUGUCGUCGGUGCGGAAACUUUUCUUCUUGCACUCACUGGCAGGAGCAAGUGAUCGCGUGGUGUGUGGCGAUGGAGGUAUUGCGGAGGGUAAUAGUAUGGACGUGCAUGGAUGGGGCGCCGCCGCAGAUGGUUCCCUUCCUCCGGAGCGUGACGGGCAGCUUGGGCUCUGGCGACCAGGCGAGCAUCCGUUGGCGGCUGGACCAGAACCGCCUGCUGCUUUCCCGAGACCCAACCGGCAUCCUCCUCCAGAGGCCGGCCUAUUGUCCCAUCAAACACCUGUCCGUCAAAGAGGCGGCCUCUGUCCCAUUGGACAUUCAGCAGAGGGGAGUGGACGUGGGCGUGGCCAUCAUCCUAGAGUCUGCCGAUCAAAGUGUGUUGCUGACUCGACGAGCAAAACACCUGCGAAUAUUUCCCAAUAUUUGGGUGUUACCAGGCGGCCAUCUUGAACCGGAUGAGACGCUUCUCGAGGCGGGUCUGCGGGAGCUGAAGGAGGAAACGGGAUUGGCUGUGGAAGCGGAACAAUUCCCAAGUGCGAAGUUUCUGGGUGUGUGGGAGUCAGUGUACCCCCUUAUGCUGAGCAGAGGACCUCCCCAACGGCACCACCUCGUGGUCUACGUGCUGCUCCGCUCGGCCCACACGCACUUGCAGCUCCAGGAGUGUCUGCGCCCCUCCCCCGCUGAGGUGAGCGCUUGUCUGUGGGCUGACGCCCGGCUGGCCGGCGCCUCAGUGGCCGCCGUGGAUGGGCAGGACUGUUCAGCAGCUGAAACAGACGAGCCAGAAGGCCUUCCUGCCUCCAUCAGUGUGUCCGAGGUGUCCCCUGAUGGCGGACUGAAGAACGGCGCCCUGCCCGUCUGUGUCCUCUUGCGCCGCGCGCCGCCCAGGGGGCCUGACGUGGAGCGAGUCAGCGCAGGGACCAAGUUUGCCCUUAACCUUUGGCUCAAGACGCUCCGACCCAGCACAACACUAUUUCACUCAUGAUAUCAUUAGACAUGUAUGAGUCCCAAACCCCCCCCCCCCCCCACUUGCCAUUGUGUAAAUGUAUCUGUGUAUUGUGGACUUUCUUCACUUGUCACAAUGUUCCUAAAUACAAGUUUAAUUGAGUUGUCAAAAUAUCUAUUAACCUUUACAUGACUUUGUGCUUCUUGACUUUCAAUGUAUUUGAUUUAAAAUGUAUGUCUGCAA